GAAAUGCGGAAUGUUACAAGAAAAACUCGGUAUAUAUGAUAUGACCUUUAUCACGGAGGCAAUUCAGUCAGUAAUAUUCAGAGGUAACGUGGUGUGAACAUGGAGAGACGCAAUAUACGACGAAAUCCGCGAAACAGAAGAGAGCGUCAUCCUCCGGUUGAUCGGGGGGCAGAUAGAAUGAGACAACAACGUCAACAUCCGAAUCUUCCUGACGUACUUGAGGGAGCAGCAGCAUUACCACUUCACGCCGAUCAAGUCCAAGCGCCGCUUCCUGAACAUCCUUUAGCUCAUCUUGAUCUUCUACAAGGCCCGUUGGAACAGGCGCUGCUCCGUCAGAAUAACGAACAGUUAGAGCAUGACAGACAAAGGGUUCUAGCACAGUUCAGGCCCGCUGCAGUUCAGCACCAACAGGUCCAAGGAAUACAGAUCCGUCCACAGGGAGCGAUAUUGAACCUCGUUGCGGGUGGACUUAUAGCAGGCGGUCUCGUUGGGUUCCAUGGAGACAGACCUGAGGUUCUACAGGCUCAGCUACCUGUAGCCGAGCACAAACAGGGCCAAAGAAGUCCGCAGGGACUGAUACCCAAUAUUGAUAGGCGUGAAAAUGUAGCAGGCAGUGUCGCUGGGUUACAACGAAAUAGUCCUGAGGCUUUACAGGCUCAGCCCCCUGUAGCUGAGCACAAACAGGGCCAAAGAAGUCCGCACGGAGCGAUACCCAAUAUUGACAGGCGUGAAAAUAUAGCAGGCAGUGUCGCUGGGAUACCGCGAAACAGACCGGAGGCUUUACAGGCUCAGCCCCCUGUAGCCGAGCACAAACAGGGCCAAAGAAGUCCGCACGGAGCGAUACCCAAUAUUGACAGGCGUGAAAAUAUAGCAGGGAGUGUCGCUGGGAUACAGCGAAGCAGACCUGAGGCUUUACAGGCUCAGGCCUCUGUAGCCGAGCACAAGCAGGGCCAAAGAAGUCCGCACGGAGCGAUACCCAAUAUUGACAGACGUGAAAAUAUAGCAGGGAGUGUCGCUGGGAUAGAGCAAAACAGACCUGAGGCUUUACAGUUUCACCCACCUGUAGCCGAGCACAAACAGGGCCAAAGAAGUCCGCACGGAGCGAUACUCAAUAUUGACAGGCGUGAAAAUAUAGCAGGGAAUGUCGCUGGGAUACAGCGAAACAGACCUGAGGCUUUACAGUUUCAGCCACCUGUAGCCGAGCACAAACAGGGCCAAAGAAGUCCGCACGGAGCGAUAAGCAAUAUUGACAGGCGUGAAAAUAUAGCAGGGAGUGUCGCUGGGAUACAGCGAAGCAGACCUGAGGCUUUACAUGCUCAGCCCUCUGUAGCCGAGCACAAACAGGGCCAAAGAAGUCCGCACGGAGCGAUACCCAAUAUUGACAGGCGUGAAAAUAUAGCAGGGAGUGUCGCUGGGAUAGAGCAAAACAGACCUGAGGCUUUACAGUUUCACCCACCUGUAGCCGAGCACAAACAGGGCCAAAGAAGUCCGCACGGAGCGAUACUCAMUAUURACAGGCGUGAAAAUAUAGCAGGCGGUCUCGUUGGGUUCCAUGGAGACAGACCUGAGGUUCUACAGGCUCAGCUACCUGUAGCCGAGCACAAACAGGGCCAAAGAAGUCCGCAGGGACUGAUACCCUACAUUGACAGGCCUGAAAAUAUAGCAGGCAAUAKCGGCGUGUUACAGAAUGUCAGACAAGAGGUUCAAGAAGGCUGCCACCCUGUAGCAGAGCACAAACAAGUCCAACGUGGUAGUGUCGGCAGACAGUACUUUUCGAUACCCCGCAUCUUAACGCCUGCAUUUAUAGCAGCUACUAUUCCGAUUGGCCCAGGUGGGAUUCCAAGAACUCAGCCGGUUCACCCAGACGGUCGGUACAGACCGCCAAGUGGAGUACCACAGCCCAACUCCUUCACGCAAACAAUGUCAACAGAUAGUAGCGCUAAUAUCAGGCAUUUUCAAGCUGAGGCUGUAAGGCAGCAGCCUGUUCAUCAGCACAUCCAGGUCCAAGGGACUCAGUUCAGACCGCAGUGCAAUCGCACCUUAGAAUGGCGGCCUAUAGAUUCAACAGGCGGGAACCCUGAGUCAGGGCAUGUACAAGCUCAAGUUCCAAGGCGUCUUGCCGCUAUAGAUGAGCGCCGACAUGUCGAAGAGCCCCCUGCGCCUAGCGUUUCAUUAGGAGGUAAACGUAGACUCCAGCCACAGCCUUCAACAUCCCAACAAGCAGCAUCAACUUCUGGUCAGCGCGAGCCUGUGCAAGAUAAAUUGCGUUGUAAUUUCUGUCCACUGCCUGCAACACGUCAGCGAGUCAGCUAUCCAAUUUUGCCGCAUAGACUUCGCAAUUUUGAUGCGAUCACUGUGGAUAACUUAGUCACAAACUUCUGCAAACGAGUACUAGCAACCUGCCCUGCUGCUCGUCGGUAUGUAAGAAGCAUACAGUCAAUGUCACCAAAUAGUCCCCCAAGUCGCGGGCUACUGAAAAUGCGACAUGGGCCAUUCUGUCCUAUAGAACUAAUACAUAACUGGCCUGAUCCCCCGAUUAGCCAAUCAGUCGAAAAUCUGAUCCCUCUGCCCGAAAAUCUAAAAAGCUGGGAUCCUGUCAGUAUAAAAAAAGCCAAGAAAGCCUAUUGCAGAGAAGUUUUAAAACAUAACCCCGAUGCUCUGGAAGAGUUAACGGGCCUACGGUCGAUAUCACCAGAUCCUCCAAAAACUUCAGAAUCGGCUGCAAUAACAGAUUCCGUGCACCACCAGGACGCCUCCUGUCCAUUAAUUCUUUUUGAUAAGUGCCUCCCAUCUCGUUCUGACAGUCCGCCUAUUAUGGAAAUAGACUCACCUGAUAGUUUGAAGCCUUUUAAGCGUGCCACUCCAAUAAGAAGAAAGAAAGGUGACAGUCUAAAAACACAAACAGGUUGUCCUGGUCUUCCGAAACCUCUGUCGAGUUUGCAGUCAACAUCACAAGGUAUUGCAGGUCCUUCACAACCUACUGACCCUGUGAGUGAGCCACAACAUUCUAUGGGCCAGCAGCCCCACCUAGAAAUUCAAUCCCAACAAGAUUGCCAUCUCUGCUGCACUGCUUCAACGAGUCGGGGUUCAAAUCAUCCAAGAUCGGCGUAUAAUGACAGAUGUUAUGAUCGUGCUGUAGGGAGAAACAUCAUGUGGGGAUUAUCCAGGGAAUUACUUCUAAAUGCGUCUUCGGAUCCUGAGCGUUUAACAAGGGCAAGCUCUGUUUCGCCAGAUAGAUUGUCACCUUCAGAAUCUACUGGGUAUCGCAGUGUGGUAGGGCCCCAAACUAUACAACAUCACCCCCUCUGUAUAGUUCCAACGCUUGAUUGUUGUCCUUACUGCCACAAGUCUCAACAGCACGCUUCAUCAGAGCCAUUGGAACCUCAAAAUAUUUCUGAAAUUCCGUCAUCUUCGCGAUCUUCUGAUUCUGAUAGUAUGGCGUAUGUAAGAAUCACAUGUGAUCACCAAUACGGAUGUCCCGUAGGAAUUCUAGAAUAUUGUCCAGAAUGCAGAGUUGAUCCUACACCUUCCGAUCCGCAUUCUAUAUCUUCCGAUCAGCAUCCUACACCUUCUGAUCAGCAUGUUGAGGCCGUGGAGGUAGAAGAACAACUCCACGAAAGCGGAACAUCACAAAGCCGUCCAUCUACGAGCUUUACUGAACCCACCCCGCAAGAGGACGAGGCGCUAUCCUCACUAAGAAUGAUACAUCAAUAUCUGGAUGAUGAUGAUGAUGAUGAUGAUGAUGAUAAGGAUGAUGAGGAUGAUGAGGAUGAAGAUAUUUCUACUUGGUUAUGAUGGCAUUCGAACGGGGACUCACUUGUAAAACUUCCAAACGGCGCUCCGAAGGCAAAUUUCUGAGUAGUCGCCACUCCAAAGAGUAAAGCAGUUGCAGUUGUAACAAGUAAUCGAAUUAUAAAUAACAUGUUUAGUUAAACCUUUACAGAAAUGGAGUAUCCAUUAAAGGUCUAAGUGUAAAUUAUUUAUAUGGUAAGGGUCGUGAACACCGUACAACAUGCAGGAUGUUGCUAACACGAACAUCAGACUACUAUGGCGUAAUGCUUAUUUUUACCCAUUUAUGUUUUAUUGAAACUGUCUACUUUAUCGUCCCAUACAAAUGGGUAAGCAAAGCGGCAUGAGAUGUAUACAUUUUUUAUUUGUUUCAUAAACAACGUAAACUAUACUAUGUUGUCAGUUUUAUAAUUUUGUAUCUGCACUCCACGGGCUUAGUUCUGCCUAGUAAUUAUUUGUUUCGUCUUAGUCUAAUAUACCUAUUACUAUCAAA